AGUGCUAGGAAUCCCUCAGCCAUUUUAGACUGGAGAGCGGAGGAUUAGCCAGGCAGCAGCGGCGGAGCGGCGGAGCUGCGUGUGUGUUUUCACUGAUUCCCGAGGAUUUCGAUUAUAACCAGUUUACUGAAUAAAGACGCUGGAUAAAGGAGACAAAACGAGGCAGCGCAGAGUCUCCGCUAACCCGAGGAAGGAGCCGAAAAUGGCCGUCGAUCGACGAGACGACAAAGAUGGAGAGCUUAAUGUUCUUGAAGACAUAUUGACUGAUGCUCCAGACCAAGAUGACGAGCUGUACAACCCUGAAAGUGAACACGGUGUCAGUGAAAAGAAAGGGUCCAAAAGGAAGAACGAUCGUGGGGACAGCCACGAUACAAAGCGGCUUCGAUCUGCAGGCCACUCGACCAGGCAGCCAGUUAAAAGGUCAGCCCCUUCCACAGGAGCCAAUGGGAAGAAAGUGACUAAUCUAAGAGGAAGACACCCACCUGAAGACUUUUACGAUGAUAGAAAGAACCAUUCUGGCAGAGGUGGGUCGUCCAGGGCUGACCUGUCUAAAGGGCACAGUGAGAAACCCCUGAACCGGAGCAGAGACCAACAGAGGAGGAUUAAACCGCUGAUGCCGGAGCUGAAUGAGAAGCUGCGUAGGACCAGUGAGAGUAGCAUUGGCAGGGCCAGUCACUCAUCUAAAGAAGAAGAGGAGGAAGCCCGAUCAGAGGAGUACGCUUCAGAUCAGGAAACGGGCAGCUCCGUGGGCUCCUCUGAGGGCAACCGCUCUGACGGGGAGGAAGAGGAGGUCAUGGAGGAGGAAGAGGAAGGAGAGAAGGAUGACGAAGAAGAGGAGGAGGAAGAGGUUGAAGAAGAGGAAGGGGAAGAGGAGGAGUACGAGCUGGAGGAAGGUGACCAGCGGGAAGGGAACGAACAGAACGACUACGACACGCGCAGUGAAGCCAGCGACUCGCAGUCUGAGUCAGUCUCUUUUUCUGACGGAGAGUCUGUACAUUCUGGCUCAGGCUCGGACGCCUCAGAUCAGGAAAGAAAAGAGAAGAAGCACGCUAGAGGGAUAUCACCAAUCGUUUUUGAUAGAAGUGGAAGCUCAGCUUCAGAAUCAUACACAGGGUCUGAGAAGAAGCAUGAGAAACUCCCCUCAUCAGUUCGAGCUGUGAGAAAAGAUCAAACUAGCAAGCUGAAGUACAUCCUCAGAGAAGCCAGGUUCUUUCUGAUAAAGAGCAACAACCAUGAGAACGUUUCUCUGGCUAAAGCGAAGGGAGUAUGGUCCACCCUGCCUGUGAACGAGAGGAAGCUGAAUGCAGCGUUUCGCUCAGCUAGAAGUGUCAUUCUCAUCUUUUCUGUUAGAGAAAGCGGCAAGUUUCAAGGUUUUGCUCGGCUUUCGUCAGAAUCACACCACGGAGGAUCGCCCAUCCACUGGGUUCUGCCUGCAGGCAUGAACGCCAAGAUGCUCGGAGGAGUCUUCAAAAUUGACUGGAUCUGCAGGCGAGAGUUACCAUUCACAAAAACGGCACACCUUUCCAAUCCCUGGAACGAGCACAAACCUGUGAAGAUUGGACGUGAUGGACAGGAGAUCGAGCCAGAGUGCGGGAUGCAGCUGUGCAUGCUCUUCCCUCCAGACGAGAGCAUUGACUUGUAUCAGGUUAUUCACAAAAUGCGCCACAAGAGGAGGAUGCAUUCGGAGCCCCGCUCCCGGGGCCGCCCCCCGCACAGAGAGCCCGCCCCCCGAGACCCGGGAAGGCGUCGCCCAGAAGAAUACGACAUGCACAACAGGAAGCGGCCCAGGGUUGACUAUCCUGCUGAGUUCCCCCAGAGACCAGGUUUUAUCCAAGACCCUCGCAAUCCACCUGUGGACAGGCGCUUUUCUGGAGUAAGGAGAGAUGUGUUCCUCAAUGGGUCUUACAAUGACUACAUGCGAGAAUUCCACCACAACAUUGGACCACCACCACCAUGGCAAGGGAUGGUGAGUGCUGUAAAAGCACCAUACCCAGGAAUGGAGCAACCACCACAUCACCCAUACUACCAGCACCAUCCUCCGCCACCCCAAACCCACCCUCCCUACUCUGGCCAUCAUCCUAUGCCCCACGAUGCUCGAUUCAGAGAGAAGAGGGUUGUUCGCUCUUUUUCUUCUAGUCUGCAUGAUUACGACAUGCGUGUGGACGACUUCCUGAGGCGUACCCAAGCGGUGGUGAGCGGCCGCAGAAGCCGCCCGAGAGAACGUGAGCGACAGAGGGAACGCGACAGACCUCGGGAUGCCCGAAGAGACAGAGAGAGAGAGCGCGGGCGCGAGAGGGACCGCGAGAGAGACCGCAUGAGAGACCGAGAGAGGGAGAAGGAGAGGGGGCGCUAUCGUAGAUAGAAACGUAAAUCACAUGUAAAGCUUUAUUUUAUUUUAUUUUUUCUCAUUUGUUUUGUUUUGGUUUUUUUUUUUUUUCCAGAAAGAGCUUACAGAUUCAUGGAUAAAGCCUAGUCGCUGUCUGAAUUACUCUGACUACUCUGUCAGCAUGGAUUCUCCAUUGAAAAUCCUUUUUAGUCCUAAAACUAGGUGUAAUUCGUGUUCAGACAACGCAGCCCUUGUGUAUUUUUUUUUGUGUAGAUAAUGUAACAGGUUGUCUUUCUGUUGUUGUAUAAAGCUGAACUGUAUUUCACAAAGCUGAACUGUUCCUUUCUAAGUGUUCUUUUUAAAGAUGUAUAUUGUUUUACUGGCUCUAACGGUCGUUUGUAUCAUGCAUGCAUUGUUUUCUACUGUGACAACCAAAAGAAUUAUCUUGUCUGUUUCCUUUUAAUCAUUAAACUUCUGGAGGCAUGGCUGCAGCGAUGUGGCUCGCCGUCCUGGGAGAGAAAUGUUAGGAUAUUGUUUUUCUUUCUUUUCCGUUUUAGGACAAAUCUACCCGUACUUUCCCCGCCUUUCACUGUUAAGCAGCGCUCUCGGUGUCUCUGCCGGUACGGUCUGAGGCUGUGCACGUAUUAGCGUCUGUGUUACGUUAUUGUACAUGGCUAUUAAAAGGACUGUUGAACAGCACAGCACAGCACAGAAGUUGUAUCAAGUGCUUUUUAUCUGGCUUCAUGUUCCAAAUAUUAAGUUUGGGUUUAAAAGAAAAAAGCAAUAUCAUUUUCUUUCUUUCUUCAUUAAGUUCUAAAAGGGUAAAUGAAGGUCAGUAAAGCAACCUGCUGAGAUUUUUUUUUUUGCUUGGGAAAAGUUGGAUCUUUUACUGAUUCAUACCUUUUGUAUUAAAAAAAACAAAACAAAGAACGAA